AUGGCAAAAGCGUUAAACCUCAUUUGUCUUCUGAUCGUCUGCUGGUUUUCUGGUCUCACCAAGAGUCAGUCUUCUCUGACCAGACUCUACAACAAGAACGUCGUGAAAGCUGAGAGAAUGGAGCGCCCCCUGCAGGGUUGGAUUGGAAGGACUGGCAUACCCCACGCCGGGGUCCGCGUCACUACCGAUGAUGGGCAGCUGUGGCUCGUUCACAAGACCAGGGACCAGGGCGCCAGCGACACAGUAGUGACCGAUGCCAGACACAUGAGUUCUGCCUGGAGCGUCGUCGAGACCAAGUACAUCAAUGGUCGGCGGACCGUGGGAGAUUAUGUGGCCGCGGGAGGGACGCGGUACAAUCUCCUCUUCGAUAACUGCUUGAACGCCGCUAAUCGAAUGAUGGAUCUCUAG